GCUAGACUGACCAUGACAACUCUGCUCGACCCACUUGUCUUCGCCUUGCCUAAGCCUACUGGCUACGGCGAUUAUGCUGCAAUCGCAGCGUGCAGUUUUGCUUUGAGCACAUAUCUCCUCAAAGGAAAGGCUUGGGACAGACCCGACCCCUAUCAUCAUGUUUGGUUUGAGAAGCCUCAGGUUACAGAUUCUGCAGCCAGUGGUGGAGUCAGACAGACUCGAGAUAUCUCACAGAAGCUUGAGGAAACAGUGAGACGACCCAAACUACUCUCAGUAUCUUCCCAACCUAUCACUGACAUGGACGCAGNNAGUGAUAAAAUGGUCAUCUUCUGGGGCUCUCAGUCUGGAACAGCAGAGGGUUUUGCCAACCGGCUCGGACAGGAAUGUCAUUUGCGAUAUCGGCUGGACGCCUUGGUAGCAGACCUAUCUGACUACGACAUGGAGACGCUCAAGUACCUCAAGAGAGAGACAUUGGUGGUUUUUAUCGUGUCAACCUUUGGCGAGGGUGACCCUAGUGAUAAUACCGCUGGACUCUGGGAUUGGAUUCGCGCUGCCGAUGUGUCUCUUGAGAACCUAGGUUACUUUGCCUUUGGACUUGGCAACAGCAACUACAAGUACUACAACAAGGUCAUCGAUGUAGUCACGGAGUCACUUGAUGCCCGUGGUGCGCAGCGACUUAUGGCGACCGGGAAGGCGGACGAUGCUGGAGGCGCGACUGAGGAAGAUUUCAUUACAUGGAAAGAAGAGUUUUUCAACCAUCUUACGCAAACCCUCGGUUAUCAAGAGCAUAACGUGGCAUACGAAUCACCACUUGUAGUCGAACAGGACACAUCCCUCGAGCCUAUCGACCUCCACCAAGGAGAGCCGGUGGUUGAUACCAAAACCUUGGCCGGAUCAUCAGCCAUCAAAUCCUUGCCUAUAAAACACAUGCGAGAGCUGUUUGGCGUUUCAGCUGAUCGAAAUUGUUUGCAUGCUGAACUGGAUCUCUCUGAUUUCCCCGAGAUCAACUACAAGACUGGUGACCACCUCAGUAUCUGGCCUAGCAACCCUAAUGCUGAAGUCGAGCGAUUGCUCAAGCAGCUAGACCGUCUCCAUGAGGCCGAUGUGCCUAUCACGAUCAAGAGUCUGGAUGGAUCGAAGAUUAAGCUCCCCACACCGACAACCCUAUCGAUACUUUUGCGAUACUACUUGGAGAUAUGUGCCCCUGUCUCCCGCGAGAUGGUCGCCCAUCUUGCUCAAUUUGCGCCAACGGAAUCUUCUCGCUUGUUCUUGGAGAAUCUAUCACGAGACCGUUCAAGAUAUUCGGCUUUCCUGACAGUGACGCACAUCAGUGUUGGCAGAUUGCUCGAGAUCUCUACCACUUCUGAACCCGAACUCGAACCUACUCCUUGGACAUCUUUGCCCUUAACUUUCCUAGUGGACGCUUUUCCGGUGAUGAGACCAAGACAUUACUCAAUUUCGUCUUCCUCCGUGGUUUCUCCACGCACACCUAGCAUUACCGCAGUCGUUGCACAAACGGCCAUCCAAGAUCGCACGGGCGGUCGGAUCACGAUCCCUGGCCUAGCGACGAACUAUAUGCUGGCCCAUCAUGAUAAGUACCAACUUCAAGGUCCUGAUGCUGCUCUCAAAGGUCGCAAAGUCUACGCGCAAAUCCGCAAGUCCAAGUUCAAGCUUCCAGCUCUUGCAAGCCAAUCUAUCGUCAUGGUCGCUGCGGGAACGGGUAUCGCACCGUUCAGAGGCUUCAUACAAGAACGCGCUCGCAUGAAACAAGUCGGCAAGACUUGUGGGAAGAUGAUUCUCUACUUUGGAUGCAGGAGUCCUGAUGAAGACUAUAUCUACCGUGAGGAGUUGGCACAACUACAAGCGGUUCUGGGAGAUCAGCUCCGCAUCGUGACCGCUUUCUCACGCUACGAAGACAAGAGGGUUUAUGUACAGCAGCGCAUCCUCGAAGACAGCGCGAAUGUGUUCGAAAAUCUGGCAGAAGCGAAUGCGAACCUCUAUAUCUGUGGCUCAGCAACUAUGGCAAGGGAAGUUCACAACACUAUCAGCGCUAUCGUCAAGGGAAGAAUGGGUUUGACAGAUGAAGAAACGAAGGCUUGGAACGAAACAAAGAAAAAGACAAGGAAGUUCCAGGAGGAUAUUUGGGGCUGA